AUGGCUCAAUACCUUAAACAUGUCCUAUGCUUAGCACUAACUCUAGCAUCCGUUAAUGGCACUAGGGCAAUAGACAGCGUUGUGUCCAACAAUGCUGGCUCCAGCAUUGGUGCAGCCCGCUUUGACAAUGAAAUAGGAGCAGAAUAUGCCAUGCUAACAUUGAUCAAUACCUCGGAAUUCACACAGAUUCUCCUUCAACAGAACAACAAUGUUGACAUCAAAAGUGUCCCAAAGGUGAGCAUGGUUGUUGAAAACAUUGAUGGGGUGGCAUUUACUAGCAAUAACAUCAUCCAUGUUAGUGCAGCAUACAUUGAGGGGUGCCCAGAAGAUAUCAAGAAAGAGAUUACUGGGUUGCUAUAUCAUGAAAUGGCCCAUAUAUUGUUGUGGGAUGGAAAAGGCCAAGCCCCUUCAGGACUCAUUGAAGGCAUGGCUGAUUUUGUGAGGUUGAAGGCUGGAUAUGCACCAGAUUACUGGAAACCUCCAGGUGUAGGGUAUAGUUGGGACCAAGGAUAUGAAGUCACAGCUCAGUUUUUGAACUAUUGUGAUGGUAUCAAAAAUGGGUUUGUGGCCGACUUAAACAACAAGAUGAAGAGUAGUUUCAGUGAGAGUUUGUUUAGUGAGUUGCUAGGGAAGCCGGUUACCCAGCUGUGGAGUGACUACAAGACUAUGUACGGGACCAACUAA